AUGGAGGAUCAUGGAAUCCAAGAAACUUUGAAGUUGUUAUCGUCAACAAAGAUUAAAGAGAGGAACAGUGCUUUGGAUGAGCUAACGACGGUUUUAAAAGAAGAUCCAGAGCGGAUACCAACUAAGGCCAUACCUACAACAGCGGAUGCUCUCAUAGAGUUACUUGCAUCUGAACACACAAAAUAUUGUGAACUUCUUCGAAACUCGACAGAUUCAACAACUAAUAAGUUGUCACUUAGUGAGAGCAGACUCUCUUCAAUAUCAUAUGUUUUAAGAUUAUUUGUAGAGAAGUCAUGCACAAGAUUUAAGGUGAAAACUUUAAAACUACUUAUCGCAGUAGUGCCUGAAUUAAUGAUUGAGGACGGGUCUCAAAGAUUAUUGUACGCAGUUUCAGUACAUCUAUCAUUUGCUCUAGAUGCUUUAACCAGUAGUGACCCUUUCAAACUAAAGUUUAUGGUGCACCAAUGGAUAUCCUUAGUCAACAAGAUUUGUGAGUAUUCUCGGAACCAAAUGAAGAUAUCAAUAGUAGACAAAACAUUAACUAAUUUUUUAUCAAUUCUCCUGAACCUAAUAGCAUUAGACACUGUCGGUAUAUAUCAAGUGACAAGAACAAUUAUUUGGACCGUGAUAGAUUUUCUGAGAUUAAGUAAAAAAGAGAAUGGAAAUACGAGAUUAAUAAUGUCUUUAAUUAAUCAAUUAAUUUUGAAGUGCCAUUGCUUAAGCAUUAUUGAUAUACUUAUGCUAAUAAAGGAAACAUGGAGUUACAACCUCACAAUCGGCUUCACUUCCAACGAAUUAAUUCAAGAUCAAUUGUCACUGUUUGAUGUUAUGUCAAGUGAACUAAUGAACCAUAAACUUCCGUAUAUGAUUGGUCAAGAGAAGUAUACUGAGGAACUUCUUUCUGAAUCUCUUGUAUCUUCAUAUCGCGAGUAUAUUAUUCUGCGCUUAGGUAAUUACGACCCUCGAUCAUUCACACUAAAUUGUAUAGAGUUCUCAUAUAUGCAAGAGUCAAGUGAUGAAAAGCCAUGGUUUGAAUUGUAUGAUUUUAGGCUUAGAGACAAAAAAGGCGCGUCAGAAUGGUUAAGAAUACUAGGCAUCACAAAGUCAUUAUUAACAUACUUUGCAUUGUACAACAAAAAUAAAAGUGAGUCCUUACUAUUCAAAAGGAGGAAAUAUGAUUCGGAUAUACGUUCUAUUUUACGAGCCUCAGACGAUAUGGACACAUUUCUUAUUCAUCUUCUAGAGGAGGAUAGUUCUCACAAAUUUGAACUACUUGGAUUACUGUUAUGCUCAUUUUAUGGAACGCUAAAAGAUUUUUCGAAGAGUUUCACAAAUCAAAUGAAAGAACUUCUGUUCUCAAAAUUUGAAAGAAUUCAAUCCUUCAAUUGGGUUUGCUUUUCAUUCAUUCCCUUAUUGUCUCAAGUAACAUGCGAAUUAAGCAAUGAUGACAUGAUACGCUUAUUCAAAGUUUGCUUACCAUUAGUGAAGUCAAAAGAAUCUUGCCAAAUUAGUUGUAUUUUAUUGGCCAACUCUAUAAAGUUUUCGAAGCACCUUUUUUCUGAUGAGAAAACUAUCAAUCAAAUAUGUGAUUUUUAUGAACUAUCUGAUAUUUUAGGCCCCAUACUAAUUUCUAAUGAGUCGUUCAUGCUAUGGGGAUACCUUCAGCAUUUCGGUAAAGAUUUUCAAUCGAUGAAUGGUAUGUCAUCCGCUGAUAGAAUUUUCGAGUGGUUGAAAUCGAAGUGGAGCCAGUUGUAUGAAGCUGAUGAUAAGCAAGAUCAAUUCUGUAAUUUUAUGUGUUGGUUAGGUAACAAAUAUGAUCCGAAGGAUCCAUUCAAUGACAGAAAGCACAGGAGAAUGAAUGGGAUUCCAUCAUCUUGGAAUGAAAACAGCGAGGUUUGGCAACAUUUUCGAGAGCAGCGACAAUUUCUUCUUGGUAUGAAACUAGAAAAAAAAUCGAAAUGUUUAAACACUCCCUUUUUUAAUUUACCAAAAGUUGCCUUAAACAUUACACGAUAUAACGAUACUCUUUACAGGUUAUUAGAGAACGCUGAAAGUGAGGCGUUGUCGUCACCUUUACAAAAGUUCACAUGGGCAGCGAAAUUACUACAAAUCGUAGAUAAUCUCUCUGGAGAUUCUACUUUUUCCGAAUUUAUUUCAGCAUACAAUAGAACAAUCGCAAUAACUAUUCCAAAACUUAAUCUUGAUAACCAAACUUCCUACGAUUUUUUCUUUGAUGAAGUUCUAUCAAUCCGUACCGUAAAUGUCGACCAUUUGGUGUUUGACAAGAUAGAUAUGAAAAGCAUUGUCGAUGAUUUCAUCGGCUUACAGAAAAAAAAACCUCAAGCGGGAGUUACUAUCGUCAAUUACUUUGAAACCUCGUCAGAAGAGGCUGCACAGAAUAUCAAUCCAUAUGAAAUAGAGAGUAAGUUUCAGAAGCCUCACCAUUCGACCAUGGAUAAAGUAUUGGAAGCUUACCUAUGGGCCUCAAAGGGAAAAAGUUUCUCGGAGCGUUUAAUGGCCAUAUUAGAGUUUUCUGAUCUUAUUACUACAGAUGUAUUUAUAUCCUAUCUUAGUACUGUUUGCCUGUGGUUAAAACAAACGAUUGCGGAUAGAUCCUCCUAUAAAAAAGUCUUGGAAGAGUUUACAGAAGUUUUGGGUGAAAAAUUGCUUUGCAAUCACUAUAGUUCUUCAAAUCAAGCAAUGUUUUUACUUACAUCAUAUAUCGAAGCAAUAAGGCCGCAGUGGCUAUCAUAUCCUGAUCAACCCCUGAAUUCAGAUUGCAAUGAUAUCCUCGAUUGGAUAAUAUCAAGAUUUGAGGAUAACUCUUUUACUGGUGUCGCCGCUACGAUCAAUCUGUCCAAACUGUUGCUUAGCCUACUUCAAAAUCAUGAUCUUUCUCAUGGGUCAGUCAGAGGCGGAAAGCAAAGGGUUUUUGCCACGUUUAUUAAGUGUCUAAAAAGGCUAGAUUCCUCUAGUAUUAUUAACGUGCUGAGUAUCAUCUCGAAUUAUAUGGCUCAAGUAAGCUACAAUAAUCAAAGUAUCAUAUUUUCCGAGAUUAAAAGCUUAUUCGGACCACCUCAGCAGAGUCUUGAAAAAUCAGCUUUUUACUCACUCACAAUGUCCAUGUUAUCUUUAGUGUCUUACCCAAGCCUAGUUUUUUCUUUAGAGGACAUGAUGACGUACUCAAGCUUCAAACAUACCCGCGCGUUUAUUAAGCAAGCUCUGAAUAAAAUAUCGAGUACUUUGUGCCAUAAAAAUCUUACGGAACUCUUUGAAUUCUGUAAAUUUGAUUUGAUUUUGUACUGGUUUAACAGAACAAAGGUGCCGAGUACUGACCUAGAAAAAGAAUGGGAUAUAACUCUUUUUGGGUUUACUGACAUUUAUGAAUUUCUUGGGAGAUAUUUUGUAGAAGUCUCUGCCAUUUAUUUCUCUCAAGGUUUCAACCAAAAAAGAGUCUUGGAUUUAUUACACACGAUUACUGGGAAUGAUGAUGCUUACCUGGUAUAUUACAGCUACUACUUGUGCAUUCCGCUCGCCUUUAUCAGUAGCGGUGUAAACGAACUAAUAUUUGAUAUACUGCCCCAAAUAUCGGGUAAAGCAACGGUAAAUCACCACCGAAAGUACCGUUUGUUGAUGCUUAAAUGGAUUAUGAAAUUUAUAGAUUUGGGAUCACUUACAGAAGUUAAGUCCACUGUUGAAAAACUAUCUCCAAAUUCAUACCUUUCCCAUUUUCUAUUUGAGAAUUCCAGUGCUUCUAUGAGAUAUCAGUACCCACUUCAUAUACCACUAACUUUAGGAACAAGUUUACUUCAAUCGCGCUUUUCUUGUGAGAAGAAUAAUAUCCAAGAAUUCAAGCUUUUAUUUCUUUCGGUUGUUACCGAUCUUGAAAAAGCAUCCACUUAUACAGAAAAACUGCAAUGUGUAAGAGAAUUAAAAUUUCUUUUGGUAUUGUACGAAAAUGUACUUGUAAAGUCAUCAACCUUGAACUUUAUCAUAAUUCGGCUUUCAAAAUUCCUGAUUGAUAUACAGAUUCAUAACGAAAUAAUAACGGUUUUCAGCUCAUUGUUAAAUCUCGCUGACAAAGACAUGUUAAAGAUAGAGCAGUCCUUGCCCAAAUUAUUCUGCAAAAUCUUUAUUUAUUUGAGAGAAAAUCAAAAGCUCUGUCCUUCUUUUCAGCAGGCUAUAAAGCUAAUAGAGCAUUGGGAUCUCAUCAAAAUUAAGACUUGGAAAUACUGUCUCCAUGCAAUAUUUGGAAAUGUACUUCAUGAUGAUAUUUAUGAAAAUACAGAACUGUUGGACGCUGAUGAUUGUAGUUUAGACGAUGUUAUCUUGGUUUCCUUACUUUUUUCAUAUGCUAGAAAACCUGUGGUUUCAAAAAUUGAUUGUUCCCUUUCUAAUGCAUUUGCACUUAACAUUUUGAAAUAUCAUGUUCCAAAGGAAUACCUAAGCAAGAAUUUCAAAUUAUGGUUUGCAACCCUUUCAAGAAACAUUUCACGCCAAGAAAUCCGUAUGGAGAGUACUCGAAACUUUAAUAGUGAGUUUCAUUUAAAGAACUUUGAAACGGCAUUUAACCAUCCUGGAUUACCGCAUAUGGUAUACCGACGUAUCUCAAUGUUCAAUGAGCAAGCCGAGCUAUAUGAUUCUACUGAGGUGUUUUUCCUUUCUGAAUGUAUUUUAACAUACUUGGUAGGCUACUCAAUGGAAAAUAGCGAAAGUGAGUUUUGUCUUACGGACGAGGCAUUGGAAAAUCAUAAGGAUAAAGUCGCAUCACUGGAUAAAGAUGCACUAAACGCUAUAUACCCAUUAGGAAACGAUGUUGGAAUGGAAACAUUCAUAUGUGAUUAUUAUUUAUCACGAAACGAACCGUACAGUUGUUGGAUAGCUAAAUUAGCCUGUGGGUUGAUCAAUCAAAUAUCCUUCAAUAUACCACAUAUUAUUUGCUUAUAUCCUUUGUGCAAAGCAUCAACAACUUUCAGUGAAUUAGCACUUAAUGAUUUGUUCUUUCUUUCGAUGACUUACGAUCCGAAAAGUUGUUUAAAGUGGAGUGAUCAAAUAUUUUCCCAAUUGACAAUGCUGCUAAACGUUAAAGAUUUUAAGAUAAAGCUAAGAUUGCUUUUUAGUGUAAUUAAAAUGAUUAGAAUGGGUUCAAGAUACAAAGAACGAAACUGUUUACGCGCGUAUUCAAGCUUAGACUUGGAAAAAAUUUACCAGAUUUCUCUUUUAAUAGAAGAGUUCAAGUUUGGCUACUUAUUAUUUGAGGAAAUGAACAUGCCAAAAAUUAAGGAAAUGAAUAUAAAUACGCUCCAAAAAAUUUACGAAUCCAUUAAUGAUAGCGAUUUUAUAGCGGGUUUACCUGUUCCACAUUCAAUAGAAGGUGUUUUGAAAUCUAUCAAUAGAAUCGAAUCAAAUACAUGGAAGCGUUUUCUUUUCAAUAAUGCUGAUUUUGAUGCCAAUUAUACCACUUCGUUGAAGAAAGAAAAAGAACCGUUAAUUAGGGCUACCGAAGAUAGCGGUUUCUACAGUUUGGCCAGCUUAUUGGAAAGUAGAACAGCAUCCAGUGAUGUUUUCAAAUGGAAUUUAGAACUAGGAGACUGGAAAUUACUGACUCCAAAAAUUAUCGAUUCCAGGGCAAAAGGAUUGUACCAUGCUAUCAAAAACAUACCGCAAAACGUUGGUUAUGUUGAAAAGAGCUUAGAGAAAUCUCUGUUAGCGAUCUUUGAUUCUCGGCAAUAUUUUACUUCUCAAGAUGAGUGGAUGGAUACUUUAAACGCAAUUAUUGAAUUUAUUAGAAUAGCAUCAAGUUCACAGAAUGUUACAUCUUUUUCGCUAACACUGAUGUCUAUCAUGAAAGAUGAUAAGGAAAAGUUGAAGACCAUUGAUUUUUGUGAUCACAAAGUGACGUUAAAAGGUAGGCACACUUUGAUGAGUGUACUUUCAAAGAAAUCACUAGCGGAAAAUGUAGGGAACCCAAAGUAUUUACACCUUGGAUCUAUUAUUCAACUUGUUAAUUAUAUUCAGUUAGCAAUUGACAAUGGUGCAUCCCAAGAUGCGCUAAGAAAUGCUACUUUAAUGAGUAAUAUAGUCAAGAAUACCGCUAAAUUGUAUGAAGACCCUGCUAUAUUAUUUCAAAUUGAAAGACUAGCAAGUUACAUGUCUGCCAAUGCACUCUGGGAGUCGCGAGAGUAUAAUGUACCGGUAAUGAUAAUGAGGGACCUUUUAAACCGUGAUAAAUUAAAUCUUGACGAAAGUGUACUUUACAACCAUUUCAAAGUACUUCUCGAUGUACCCAUCGACCAAAUUAAAGCUCGUUUGGUUAAAUGGAGCUCGGAAUCCAGAUUUGAAUCAGCUGCGGCAAUAUACGAAGAAAACAUUGUUAAUUGGGAUAUAAAUGUCGAUGACCAUAAAUCAAGCUCUGAUGUUUUUUACACACUUGGAAGUUUUCUCGAUGAACAGGCACAAAAGUUACGAUCAAAUGGAGAGAUCGAGGAUAGAGAACGCAGGUCACAUACCGGGAAGGCUACCUUGAAAGCUUUGGAGUUAAUAUACAAGAACACAAAACUACCAGAAAACGAAAGGAAAGAUGCAAAAAGGCAUUACAAUCGUGUCAUGCUACAAUAUAAUAGAGAUUCAGAAUUAUUAAAAGCACUGCUUCUUCAGAAAGAAAAGUUUUUAUGGCAUGCACUCCAUUUUUAUCUCAAUACUUUAGUAUUCAGCAAUAAAUAUGAUAAUGACGUUAUUGACAAAUUCUGUGGUUUGUGGUUUGAACAUGAUGACAAUAGUAAGAUAAAUCAAUUGCUAUAUAAAGAAAUUGGGACAAUACCAAGCUGGAAAUUCUUACCUUGGGUAAAUCAAAUUGCGUCAAAAAUAUCUAUAGAGGAGAAUGAAUUUCAGAGGCCGUUGCAACUAACUAUGAAACGGCUUCUUUACAAACUGCCAUAUGAUUCUCUUUAUUCAGUUAUGAGCAUAUUGCUAUAUGAAAAGCAGUCUAAUAAGGAUACGAGCAUAUCACAAAAAAUUGAAGCCGUCAAAAAGAUUCUUCUGGAGUUGCAAGGGUACGACAAAGGCGCUUUUGCGAAAAAGUACCUCUUCCCUGUACAAGUAUUUUGUGAAAUGUCUGUAGAGUUAGCAAACCUUAAAUUUGCGCAAAAUACAAAAAUUUUGCAUUUAGCUAAUUUGAAGAUUGGUCAAUAUUGGCUGACUCAGCUAAGCACGGAGAAGCUUCCUCUUCCUACGAGUAACUUUACAAUCAAAAGUUCUGCUGACGGAAGGAAAGAUCGCCCUUAUAUUGUAUCCGUUAAUGAAACAAUAAGCAUCACCACUACGGGACUGUCUUUGCCGAAAAUAAUUACUUUUAACAUUUCAGAUGGUACAAAACAAAAGGUUUUGAUGAAAGGUAGUAAUGAUGAUCUAAGGCAAGACGCAAUUAUGGAGCAAGUAUUUCAGCAGGUUAAUAAGGUUCUUCAAAAUGAUAAAGAGCUAAGAAAGUUAGAUCUGGGUAUUAGAACAUAUAAAGUGGUCCCAUUAGGACCGAAAGCUGGAAUUAUUGAAUUUGUUGCAAAUUCGACGUCGUUACAUCAGAUACUGAGUAAGCUACAUACAAAUGACAAAAUAACAUUUGACCAGGCAAGGAAAGCUAUGAAAGCAGUUCAAACAAAAUCAAACAAAGAGAGACUGAAAACUUAUUUAAAAAUUACAGCUGAAAUUAGGCCUCAAUUAAGAAACUUUUUUUUUGAUUCUUUUCCCGAUCCAUGUGACUGGUUUGAUGCUAAGAAAAAGUAUACAAAAGGUGUUGCUGCCAGCUCUAUUGUUGGGUACAUAUUAGGCCUCGGCGAUAGGCAUUUGAACAACAUUCUGCUUGAUUGUUCUACUGGUGAACCCAUUCAUAUAGAUUUGGGAAUUGCUUUCGAUCAGGGGAGACUUCUUCCCAUUCCAGAAUUGAUCCCCUUUAGAUUAACUAGGGACAUUGUUGAUGGAUUUGGAGUUACAGGUGUUGAUGGCUUAUUUAGGAGAAGUUGUGAAAGGGUUUAUGCAGUGCUAAGAAAAGAUUACAUUAAGGUGAUGUGUGUCCUGAACAUCUUGAAAUGGGAUCCUCUCUAUUCUUGGGUAAUGUCACCGGUUAAAAAAUACGAGCAUUUAUUUGAAGAAGAGCGUGUCAUUAAGAAUUUCGAUGACGUCAGUAAGUUCAUGAGUAGCAACGACAGGAAUGAAAAUCAAGAGUCUUACAGAGCUCUUAAAGGUGUGGAAGAAAAACUUAUGGGCAAUGGCUUAAGUGUAGAAUCAAGUGUACAGGACUUAAUUCAACAAGCCACAGAUCCAUCGAACUUGAGUGUUAUAUACAUGGGGUGGUCCCCUUUUUAUUAG